CGCAGUGGCAGGAGGAGUCCGACCGGAAGCGGAGAGAGGAGGAGGCAGAGACACAACAAGCGGCUGGAGCUGUCCUGAGGAACCGUGUGAAGCAGGAUGGAGGACAUGGCAGGAGACGAGACGAGCUUCUACUCCAAGGCGGAGGUCUACUGGAGGGACGUGUCCCCCACCGUGGACGGGAUGCUGGGGGGCUACGGCCGCAUCUCCAACAUCGACAUCAACGGCUCCAAGGCGUUCCUGCACAAGUUCCUCGGGGACGGCGCCGGGCAGACGGGUAGGGGCGUGGCUCUGGACUGCGGCGCCGGCAUCGGGAGGAUCAGCAAGCGCCUGCUGCUGCCGCUGUUCGGCACCGUGGACCUGGUGGACGUGACGCAGGAGUUCCUGGACAAGGCCCGGACGUACCUGGAGGAGGACGGCCAGCGGGUGGGACACUUCUUCUGCAGCGGCCUGCAGGACUUUGUCCCCGAGAGCGGGCGCUACGACGUCAUCUGGAUCCAGUGGGUCAUCGGUCACCUGACGGACGACCACCUGGUGGAGUUCCUGCGCCGCUGCCAGGGGGCGCUGCGGCCCAACGGCCUGAUCCUCAUCAAGGACAACAUGGCGUACGAGGGCGUGGUCCCGGACGAGGUGGACAGCAGCGUGUGCCGCGAGCUGCCGAUGGUCCGCAGCCUGGCGAGCAGGGCGGGCCUUCGCAUCGUCCACGAGGAGCAACAGCUGGACUUCCCCAAGGAGAUCUACCAGGUCCACACGCUCGCCCUCCGGUAGGCGCCGGGCGGCGGCGAGCGGCGGCGUCUCGGAUUCUACUGAGUUCAUGUGGAAAUGGCGUUUCUCGAGUCAUCGAUUUCCGAUGUUUCUGGACGUGUUGUGCAGUCUGAUGAGUUUGUGGAGCGUGUGCUUCGCUUCAGGACGUGUGGUCAGGGCGCCGCCGUCCAGCUCCCGUUCAUCACGGACACGCUCCAGCUUCCUGUUUUUCGUCCCUCAGGUCAAAGGUCAGGUCGGCCAAUCGAAACUGAUGCUCUGUGUGAAACAGGUCAAUCUGUGCUGUGUGACAUCACAUCCUGUCCUGGAGCAGGAAGACUCACGAGUCACCUGACGCUCUUCUUCCAGUUUCUCUUCAUCCUGUAGCACCACAAACUGCCCCGCCCCCCUCCUCCUGAGGUCCAACCCCCCGAGAGGAGGCGGAGCUUCUACAGGAGAACAGGACUUGGUGAAUCGACCUCGGAUCAAACAUCUCGGCUGAUGAUCAGAAAACAAAAAGGAUUUCACCUCAGGAGCCACCGAUCUGGAGACUUGACACGUUUCUAAACUCAACCUUUGAUACCUGACGUCCUCUUUAUUAAUAAACUUUAUUAAUUCAUUGUCA